AUGCCCGUCUCCAAGACAUCAAGAGAGGAAUUAUAUGUUCCAUUCCUUUCACCACCUCAAAAUUUGAAGCAGACUGCAACGACUGCCCCCUCCUCCUCUGUUAACGACGGAGACACCCCUGCCUUGCUCCAUCGAUCACUAGUUACUCGCCCUCAUUUGGUUGAUCAUGCCGAUGGCAGUUACCUCUAUCUCGCUGAUGGCCGCUAUAUUCUCGAUGCUUGUGGAGGAGCAGCCGUAGCUGUCAUUGGUCAUGGCAAUGCCGAAGUAAUCGCAGCUACUGCAGCUCAGAUGCAACGAACAAGCUAUAUCCACACAGGCGCGUAUACAACAACGGCAGCUGAAGAUUUGGCCGAAUUUAUUCUCGAAUGCGGCACUUCUGUCAGCGGCAGCGACAGCUACUUUGAUCACGGCUUGACUAGGGCCUUUUUUGUAGGCAGCGGCAGUGAAGCAAACGAAUCAGCUAUGAAGAUCGCGCGGCAGUACUUCUUUGAAAGAGGCGAACUACAGCGACAGCAUUACGUCUCGCGCCGACAGGCAUACCAUGGGAACACAUUUGGUUCCAUGUCCGUCUCAUCAGUUCUAGGACGCCGAGUACCUUAUGAAGACGUUCUUCUGCCGAAUGUAACAUUUGUCAAUCCCGCAUUUGAGUAUCACUAUCGCCACAACAAUGAGACAGAAGAAGAAUAUGCAGAGAGAUUAAUCCAUGAGCUGGAGGCCCAUUUCUUGGAGAUUGGACCUGAGAAGAUUAUCUCUUUCAUAGUUGAGCCGGUAGUCGGUGCAACAUCUGGCUGUGUCACAGCCCCCAAGAGUUACUUCAGUGGUGUUCGUUCACUUUGCGACAAGUAUGGUAUCUUGCUACAUUUUGAUGAGGUCAUGUGUGGUGUAGGCCGUACAGGAUCAUAUUUUGCCUUUGAACAGGAAGAUGGUGGCGUCUUGCCUGACAUCGUUACCAUCGGCAAAGGAUUGGGUGGUACAUCCGUGUUCAAUCAUGGGCACACGUUCCAGGCGCAUCCGACGGCAUGUUCAGCAGCACUUGCUGUACAGAAAAUUAUCCGAAGGGAGGGGCUGGUAUCCAGAUGCGCUGACUUGGGCACCAGAUUUGGACAGCGUCUGCGUACUGAGUUCGGGUGCUGCAAGUACAUAGGUGAUGUCCGUGGCCGCGGCCUGUUCUGGGCGCUUGAGUUUGUCCAAGAUAAGGACACAAAAACUCCGUUUGAGCCAUCAGUUGGAUUUGGGGCCCAGAUCCAUCAAUUGGCAUUCGAUUUGGGUAUGGCGGUAUAUCCCUGUGUGGGAACAGUGGAUGGUGUUGUUGGAGAUCAUAUUCUUCUUGCUCCCCCGUUCAAUAUCUCGGACGAUGAGCUCGAUAUCAUUAUCUCGACACUUCGGCGCGCUUAUCAUGAGGUUGAGUUGCACUAUGACAAUGCAAUGAGAGGAAAAGUGGCAGUUUAA